UGUUCCCCCGGCUUUACCCUCCUGUCAGGAGCUGUGCAGAGCCACAAGGUCCCCCCUGAGCCUCCUUUUCUCCAGGCUCAGCCCUUCCCAGCUCCCUCAGCCUCUCCAUUCCUUCCCAGCUCUGUUCCCUUCCUAUACUAAAACAGGCUGCCUCUGAUAAAGGAAGUUAUUGGUAUCUGACUCUGUUGAUUUAGAAUGCUGAGCAAUUGUUUUGUUUAAACUGUAUUAUGUCACAUUAUAGUACAAAGAAUACCAAUGAAUACUAAACAAAAACCUAUGACUGUCUUGAGGUAGCCAGGACACUGCUUUGACUCAGUGGGCUAAUUAAUAUAAACAACCAUCACCAGAAUCCAAUUAGGAGCUCUCCUCAGGUGAACAAUCUUCCUAACACAUUUCACAUGUGCAAAACCAACAGGAGCAGCAAGUAGAUAUAAGAAUUGUUUUAUCUUCUCUCUGUUUUUCUCUAGGAAAAAUCCUGGGAGAGAGAAUUAUCUCUGUCUGUUCAGAGAAUGUGAAUGCUACACCUUCCCUGGACAUGCUCCAGCCCCUCCAUGCCCUUCUUCUGAGGGGCCCCAAUUCAUUUAAAGAACUAGUUUUGAAUCAAUGUUUCAGCAAAUUUAGGCUGUGAAUUUGGCUUCAUAAAUAUCUCAAACUGUGUCUUGUGGGCUUAUUACCUGCCUUGAUAUUUCCAGUGGUGGAGGACUCGGCGUGUCUACCAGCACGGAUGGGACCAUGAAAAUAUGGCAGGCUGCAAAUGGAGAAAUAAGAAGACUUUUGGAAGGCCAUGUGUAUGAUGUGAAUUGUUGCAGGUUUUUCCCAUCGGGCCUCGUGGUUCUGAGUGGGGGAAUGGAUGCCCAGCUAAAGAUCUGGUCAGCAGAAGAUGCCAGCUGUGUAGUAACAUUUAAAGGUCACAAAGGAGGUGUUCUGGACACUGCCAUUGUGGAGCGGGGCAGGAACGUGCUGUCCUGCUCCAGGGAUGGCACUGCCCGCCUCUGGGACUGCGGGAAGUCUGCCUGCCUGGGCGUCGUGGCCGACUGCGGCUCUCCCGUCAACGGCAUCGCCGUGGCCGCUGCUGACAGCUCCCUGAACCUGGGCACGCCUGAGACACCUCCCAGUGAUCGCGAGGUGGGGACAGAAGGGAAAAUCCUGCUGCUGGCUCGAGAGGACAAGAAGCUGCAAGGAGUGGGACUGCAGAGCAGGCAGCCAGUGUUCCUCUUCGUUGGAUCUGAUGCCUUCAACUGCUGCACGUUCCUGUCAAGCACCUACAUCCUGGCAGGCACUCAGGAUGGGAACAUCUACCAGCUGGAUGUGAGAAACACAAAUGCUCCAAUCCAGGUGAUCCACAGGUCAGGAGCACCAGUGCUUUCCCUGCUGCCGUACCAAGAUGGAUUCAUUGCCAGCCAAGGGGAUGGCACCUGCUUCAUCGUGCAGCAGGACCUGGACUAUGUCCUGGAUCUCACCGAGGCCGACUGCGACCCCGUGUACAAGGUGGCUUCUUGGGAGAAGGAAAUCUACACGUGCUGCAGGGAUGGCAUAGUGAGGAGAUACCAACUUUCUGACCUUUAAGUGUUUGAGGGGGCCAAAUAAAGGAGAAGCGUGUGGGAAAGGCUCUUCCAAGCUGAUUUUCCUGGGAUGUGUGUGUACAAGUCUGAGGCUGUUGUCAUGACCAGGCUCCACACACAGUGUUUUUGUAACAGGUCAUAUUUUUUUUCCUACAACUGGGAUCAAUUUUUAUUUUAGGGAGGAUCUUGUGUUGCAGUGAUGUUGUGGUUGCAUUUCCAGUACUGAAAAUAACGCUGUUUGUAGUGGGGGGAAAUAAAUGCAUACAGGGGGAGAGGGGGUGCAGUGAAAGCGACUGUCACAGUACGGAGUGAAAUAAACCGCUGCUUUGGUAA